AUGUCGCGGCAGCAGCAGCAGAGCCCAUACCACGCGGGCAACUAUCCUCCGCCCCUAUUCGCCGCCGAACUCGACAGCAGCGCCCCCUCCUCCCGUUUCGCCUCAGCCCAAGGUCCCGAUGGAGCGCCCGUCUUCGAGAUGCCCGGCGAACCGGUGCCCUCCAACCAACAAGGCGAACAGAAGAGACCUUCGAGGACACAGAGCCCCGCGCAGUCUGGCCAGGCCAACCCGUGGCCCUUCUAUCUAGACGGUCAGGUCCCGUCAAACCCUGCGCAGGAGGAUGAUAAAGACAAGCCGUACAAGGACCCUUCUGCGGCGCCUCAGCCCGUCAUGGCCAAUCCUUGGGCAUAUUUUGGCCCCGAGGCUGCGGAGGACACUCCCGCUCCUCUCGCGAUAGCUUCGGGGAGACGACCGAGUGAGGAGGAUCGCCGCCCCUCAGGACCGGUUCCCCAUGGUACCAGGCCGCCAGCCUCUACGAGCCCGAGUCCAAGUGACGGCGACACCUCUUACUAUCCUGCGCCAUUGAAACUGGGAGGUCGCCCCGCCAAGACGACACCGCCAACUGCGUUCAAGCCAUAUAGCCCUCCUCCGACUCAUGAUGUGCAUGAUGUCCAAGAUGCGCAAGUUAGGCCUUUGGCCGGCAUCGGGAGGACUGAUUCGCAGUCCACAACGACUUCAAUGCCAUAUCGGCCAUAUAGACCGCAUUCGCCUCAGACAGAGACAACAGCGGCGCCAGCUGCGAAUAUCCCGCCCACAACCAUCGCUCCAGCUCCUCCUGUUACUUCUACGCCAACUCCUCCAGUUACUGCGUCGACUGUUGCGCCAGCUCCUUUACAGAAUGGCAUCGCAGGCGCUGCUCCAGCACAGGGAACCCCUUCGAUGGCAUCUCCUUAUCUGCCAUCUCCCAUGUCUCCUUCAGCUCAGUCCAUCUCAGUGGCUGCUCCUUCACCAGCAACACCAUCACUUAACGCGGGAGUGCCGUUCGCUCAACCACAGUAUGCCGCCGCUGUCCCAACCCCGAACUAUGCUCCGGGUCCUACUCCGGGUCCUGCGCCGGGCCACGCGCCGGGCCCAUCCCUGACUCAUCCCCCUGUUUCGGCAGCAGUACUCAACGCCGGAGUACCGUUCACUCAACCGACAUAUGCUAGCCCUAUCCCUACCCACAACUACGGAUCGGGCCCGUCACCCACACCUCCAGUGACCUCACCCAUAGGUCCUCCACAAUCACACACAGGCCCGCCGAUGGUAGCUCCCACUCCAGCCCAUGGCCCAGCCCAACCUAUGCCGGGCUACCCCAAUUACAACUACAACGUCCCACAACCCAGUUAUGCGCCGGCUCAUACUCCCCCAACAGCAACUCCAGCGCCAGGAGCCCCAAGCCAGCCUCCUCAACAACAUGCUCCUUAUCAGCAACCAGCUCAGACUGGCCCUGGACCUCAGCAACCCCCUCUCCAGCACUCGACCACAGAGCCCUAUAUGGCACAGGGGAACAUUCCCCAGUCACCUCCACCUCCAUAUGCGCAGACCAUCCCUCCUCGGCCUGGAUCGCAACCUCCAACAGCAGGCCAUCCUUCACAAUAUCAGCAACCUCCUCCUGGUCCCGGUCCUGCUGGACCUUAUCCCCCUCAGCCUCAAUAUCCUACUCAACCGACAUAUACUCACGGUGUCCCUCCGCCCAUUCAGGGACAACCAUCAUUUGGGCUGCAACCCCCUCCUCUCCCUCCUCGACCAGCGUCAGCCCAGGGAGGGAUGCCUACCCAUGGCUUCGGAUCCGGACCGGCUGGUUACAACCCGGCCAAUUUUCCUGCUCCUCCCCAGACUUACUUCUCUCCUCCACCGGCACUGCCGCCACGACCUGGCGCUGGCGGCGUUGGAAAGAUCUUUGGCAGCAGCUCGGCGGAUAAGUGGCUAAGGAAGACUGGACAAGUUCUCGAAAGCACCCUAGCGCCCAUUCUGCAAGGACAGUCGGGGCAAUAUAGACCUGGGCAACAACAGGGGCAGCCAGUGCCGCAGGGGCAACAAGGUCCACGGCCAUAUGCCUCCCAUAUGCCGCACUUCCAUGCUCCGCAUCUGGCACCUCAAUUUCGAGGCGCUCCGGACUCUGACUCUCCGACGCCCGGGCCCGGCGCCCCCGGAUCACACUAG